GGAACCGGUUCAUGUUUCACACGCACGCACGUGGUACCUUUAUUCGUCAUCGAAUUGAAAAUUCACGAGCACGGCAAUUUUCCGUGGACUUUGAACGCAAAAGUCAGGGCCUGACCGUCACACUUGUCCUGUUCCGUCAAGAGGAAUAUCUAAACGCACGGAGUUUCAAAGCUCCGAACCCCUACAAGCAUACACGGUGUUGUCGCGAGAGAGAGAGCUCUAGACACAGAUUUAAUUGAUGGGUAUUUUUGCAAGUUUAAGGGGCUCAAGAAUUGGGGCUGCCCAAGAAACCUUACCCGUUUCAGAUGGGGUUUCGUCGUCGCCUAAGAGGAGAUGGUCCAAUCUGAUGCCUCUACUCGUGGCCAUUGUGGUCCUUGCGGAGAUCGCGUUCCUGGGUCGGCUCGACGUGGCCAGCAACGUUGCCAUAGUCGAUUCCUGGGCCGAUUUGUUCUUCCGGUCUUUGCCGCCAGACGAUUUGGGGUUGGUAUCGUUGGGUAGUGAUCGGGUUUCCGAGUCGGAAAGUUGCGAGGAGUGGUUGGAAAGACACGACGCUGUGGUUUAUUCCAGGGACUUUGGGAAGGAGCCCAUCUUGGUUUCUGGUUCUGAAAAGGAGUGGCAAUCUUGUUCUGUUGGAUGCCAAUUUGGAUUUAGUCCUGGUAAGACUCCUGAUGCUGGAUUUGGUUCAACUCAAACAAGUGGAACAGCAAGUAUUCUCCGAUCGAUGGAAUCAUCUCAGUACUAUUUAGAGAAUAAUAUUGAUAUGGCACGACGGAGGGGAUAUGAUAUUGUGAUGACAACUAGUCUUUCGUCAGAUGUUCCCGUUGGAUAUUUUUCCUGGGCAGAGUAUGAUAUCAUGGCACCUGUGCAGCAAAAGACUGAGAAGUCCCUUGCUGCUGCUUUCAUUUCCAACUGUGGUGCUCGCAAUUUCCGCUUGCAAGCUCUUGAAGCACUUGAAAAGUCUAACAUAAUGAUAGAUUCUUAUGGUGGUUGUCAUAGGAAUCGUGAUGGAAGAGUUGACAAGGUAGAAACUCUGAAACGCUAUAAAUUUAGUCUGGCUUUUGAGAACUCCAAUGAGGAGGAUUAUGUCACUGAAAAGUUCUUCCAGUCUCUGGUUGCUGGUUCUGUCCCUGUUGUGGUUGGUGCUCCAAAUAUUCAAGAUUUUGCACCUUCUCCUGUUUCACUGCUACAUAUUAAGGAGAUAGGAGAUGCUGAGUCGGUUGCAAAGACCAUGAAAUACCUGGCUGAAAAUCCUGAUGCAUACAAUGCGACAUUGAGGUGGAAGUAUGAGGGGCCAUCUGAUUCUUUCAAAGCGCUUGUGGAUAUGGCAGCUGUACAUUCAUCAUGCCGCCUUUGCAUUCACCUGGCAACAAUGGUUCAAGAGAAAGAAGAAAAGAGUCCAGGGUUCAAGAAACGCCCCUGCAAAUGCAGCAAAGGCUCAGAAACCACGUACCAUCUUUAUGUAAGGGAAAGAGGGAGGUUUGAGAUGGAGUCCAUUUUCUUGAGGUCUGGGAACUUAACUCUUGGGGCGUUGGAGUCUGCGGUGCUCAAAAAGUUUAACUCACUGAAACACGUACCAAUUUGGAAGCAGGAGAGACCUGAAAGCAUCAGAGGAGGGGAUGAUCUAAAAGUUUAUAGAAUAUAUCCUGUUGGAAUGACACAGAGGCAAGCUUUGUAUACCUUUAGAUUCAAGGGCGAUGCUGAUCUUAAAAGCCAUGUGGAAAGCAAUCCUUGUGCAAAGUUUGAAGUCAUAUUUGUGUAGAUUGAAGCAUGUUUCCUCUCACGUCGAGCAUGUAUUUGCUGAUUUUGGUAUUUUCUGCUGAAAUAUGCGGAGAGGUCAAGAUGCUUUCAUUCUGAGUAUAUUGCUUUCAUCGAAUGCUUAAUUGGUCUUUGCAGCAUACGAACCUUAAACAAUGAACGAUAAGAGGCUAAUAUUCUAGGGAGGGAAUUGGUUAGAAUAUUUACCCAUGCAGUGAUGGUGAACCCAUUGAUGUAGGUGGAUUUAUAACACCUCCAAAAUAUUCUGUUGUUAA